GUGGCGGACCSGGCCGGGCCUCGCUUCCUGUGCUGCGGCGCCGCCUCGGCGCUAUGGCUGCGCUUGGCCGGCAGGUCCUCGGGGGGCGACGCCUAGUCCCACUCUCCUGGGCCUGCUGGGCCAGGCGGACUUCUCAUGCCCCCGAACGGGGAAGGACUAAACAGACGACCGCUUCCCAUGGAGGGAGCCUGGAGGAGGCGUUCCGUGUGGGACCCAGAAACUCUGUGCAGCCACCAGGGUGCAGGACUAAUCCUGUUCAGUGCCUCCCUGAGAAGCAGAGCACACCUGUGGAGAGUGGGUCGUUAGAGGCAGAAAAGGUCAUCAGUUCCCUCCUGGACAUGGGUUUCAGUGAUGCCCAUGUCAAGGAUUUGCUCAGCACAUUGCCAGGUGCCAAUCUUCAGCAGUUGCUGGACAUCAUUUCAGAAUUGAUACUCCUGGGUCUGAAUCCCGAGCCUGUGUGUGUGGUCUUGAAGAAGAGUCCCCAGUUACUGAAACUGCCAGUCGUACAAAUGAAGAAGCGCUCCGAUUACCUGCGAAAGCUGGGCCUUGGGGAAGGAAAACUAAGGCGGAUGCUCCACGGUUGCCCUGAGGUCUUCACCAUGCGUCAGCAGGACAUUGAUGACAUUGUCAAGUUGCUCAAGGAGAAGUGCCUUUUCACAGCUCAGCAGGUCACUGAGAUUUUGCACAGAUGCCCCGGUGUUCUUCAGGAGGACCCCAGUGAAUUGGAAUACAAAUUCCAGUAUGCAUACUUUAGGAUGGGAGUCAAGCACCUGGACAUAGUGAGGACUGACUUCCUUCAGUACUCAGUAAACAAGAUCAAGCAGAGACACAGCUACCUGGAGCGCCUAGGACGGUACCAAACCCCUGACAAGAAGGGGCAGACGCAAAUCACUAACCCUUUGCUUAAGGACAUUCUCAGAGUGUCAGAAAGUGAGUUUUUGGCCAAAACAGCCUGUUCUUCUGCUGAAGAGUUUGAGGUUUUUAAAAAGCUCUUGGCUCGGGAGGAGGAGGAGCAGGAAGAGGAAGAGGAGCCUGAGAGCAGCACAUCUGAGGACAAAGAGGAGCAGCUGUGACGAAGGAUGGGGAGCAGGGCCUGGACCUGUCAGGGGACAUGCACCUUGUCCAAGCCUUGGGAGCUUCACUUGGACUUUCUCAGUGUUUUUCAUUCUAACACAGGUCUUCUAAUGAAAAAGUCAUUCAGACCGCACAGGAUGCCCUGGUGUGGUCUGUCACCAGGUUUUGUGGGAGGCACUGUUCUAUCCUAAUAAAAGGCCACUUUUAAAAUGGGACUCAGUACUUGCAAAUUUGAUUUG